AUGACAACCCUAGCCACUACCUCUAAUCCUCCAAAGGAGAAUCCGAUCACUUUUCAGUACCCUACACUCACCUCUACGAAUUACACUACCUGGUCUAUUAAGAUGGAAGCGAUUUUGGAUGCCCAAGGAUUGUGGGAUUCAAUCGAGCCGCAAACCGGUGUGGUUCCUGAUGAAAAGAAAAGUAAACAGGCUCGAGCUUUCAUUUUUCAGGCGAUACCAGAAGAGAUUUUGAUGCAGGUUACGAAGAAGAAGACUGCCAAGGAGGUUUGGGAGUCUUUGAAAACGAGAUUUGUAGGAGCUGAAAGGGUGCAGAAGGCCAGAUUGCAUACGCUGAAAAGUGAAUUUGAAGUUUUACGUAUGAAGGACGGUGAGUAUGCGGGAAAGCUCUCCGGGAUGAUAUCCAAAUAUAAUAGUGUUGGUGCAACACUUUCAGAUAAGGAUUUAGUUAGUAAGUUGUUAGACACGGCAACAGAGAAGUUUAUACACCUUGUAGCCUCUAUGGAGCAAUACUCGGACAUUGAAACGAUGCCAUUUGAAGAGGCUAUAGGACGUUUAAAGGCAUAUGAGGACCGGCUGAGAUUGAGAAAAGGAAACGUUGCUGGAGAAAGUACUCUGUUACUUACCAAGAUAGAUGUGCAGGCAAGUAAUAAAGGAUCGGGUAGAUCAAGUUCAAAAGGAAAUCGAGGCCGCGGUUGGAACAGUGACAGAGGUGGUAGAAGCGGGUCACGAGGUGGUCGUGGUUCCGGUAGAGGUCGGGGUGGUCGAAAUGGAGGCAAGAAUUAUCACGAAGGGAAUAGUUCGUAUCGCAAACCACGUGACAAGAGUCACGUAAAGUGUUUCGAAUGUAACCAAUAUGGUCACUACGCCUCCAAAUGCAAGAAUGAGAAGAAGCAAGAUCCGGAAGUACAUUUAACAAGAGAGACCGAAGAUGAACCCACCUUGCUACUAAGUGUUUGUGGUGAGGAAGCUCAAAAAAUGGUCCUGGGUGUUUGUGGUGAGGAAGCUCAAAAAAUGGUCCUGUUAAACGAGGAAAAGGUGUUUCCUAAGCUGCAUGAGAGACGGAACGGGUCGAACAAAGAUACGUGGUAUCUUGAUAACGGAGCAAGUAACCACAUGACGGGAAGAAAAGACGCAUUUGCAGAAUUGAAUAAAACCGUAACGGGUCAAGUUCGGUUCGGAGAUGGAUCAAAAGUUGAGAUUCGAGGUAAAGGUUCACUUAUGUUUAGUUGUAAAAAUGGUGAGCAAUUAGGAAUGGCAAUGGGCCGGGCUUGGGCCGGGUAUUGGUAA